UAGGCCACGAUAGGAUAGGCCGUUAGGGCUCAUAGCCUAGGCACAGUUUUUUUGCUCAUACGAAUUGUUGUAUAAAUUGUUGUAUAAACCUAUAUACUGUGGCCUAGGAGUAGAGUGUAGAGGUUCAAGAAACUCCAAUAAUUGCAAAUAAAGGUAUAAAUUGUAUAAAUAUUUUAUACAAUAUAAAAUUUGAUUAAGGCCCGUUCUUGGGGUGUGCUAGUGUGCUGUAGCUGUGAUUUAGUUUAGACACAGUAUAGGAGGAAUUCCUCCUAUACUGUGGUUUAGACCUGAUUUAGACAGAAUACACUUACUUGGAUGUAAAAUUACUAUUGUAAUUUGGAAUUGGAAUAUGUACAUAUAAAUCAAAACAAGUGUAAUAAAAUGGAAGUAAAACAAGAAAUUAGCGAGGAAACCUUUAAAGUAGAAAUAGAGUAUAAUAAUGACUUGGAUAAUUAUCUUUUGAAUGGCUUUAAAUGUGAAAUUCAAGAGCAGUCCAAUAGAGAAGUGACUCUGGACAGAUAUGAUUCCUUAGACUUGAAGAAGUGGCACAUAAAUACUGAUAUAAAACAACAUGGAAAUUCAUUUGAAGAAAACCAAGAAACUGAAAAAGGUUAUCUCCCAAAUGAAACAAAAAUGGAAAUUAUGGAGAAACCAAUUGAAUAUUCAUCUUACGAAGGAAAUGAUAUGAGUCUAUACACUGAAGAAAAAACAUUAAAUAAAAAUAUGGAAGUUGUGACUGGAAAGAGACCUUAUAAAUAUGAAAUUUGUUUAAAACAGUGUAACACUGCAAGUGAUUUGACAAGACAUUUGAGAGCGCACACUGAUGAAAAAUCUUACAAGUGUGAGAUUUGUUUUAAGCAAUUUAGUGAAGCAGGUACUUUGAAAAAACAUUUGAGAGUGCACAUUGGGGAAAAACCUUACAAGUGUGAGAUUUGUUUUAAGCAAUUUAGUGAAGCAGGUCAUUUGAAAAAACAUUUGAGACUGCACACUGGGGAAAAAGCUUACAAGUGUGAUAUUUGUUUUAAGCAAUUUAGUCAAGCAGGUACUUUGAAAAAACAUUUGAGAGUGCACACUGGGGAAAAACCUUACAAGUGUGAGAUUUGUUGUAAGCAAUUUAGUGAAACAGGUCAUUUGAAAGUACAUUUGAGAGUGCACACUGGGGAAAAACCUCACAAGUGUGAAAUUUGUUUGAAACAAUUUACUACAAGAAGUGAUUUGAAAAUACAUUUGAGAGUGCACACUGGGGAAAAACCUUACAAGUGUGAGAUUUGUUUUAAGCAAUUUAGUGUAGCAGGUUAUUUGAAAAAACAUUUGAGACUGCACACUGGGGAAAAACCUUACAAGUGUGAUAUUUGUUUUAAGCAAUUUAGUCAAGCAGGUACUUUGAAAAAACAUUUGAGAGUGCACACUGGGGAAAAACCUUACAAGUGUGAGAUUUGUUGUAAGCAAUUUAGUGAAACAGGUCAUUUGAAAGUACAUUUGAGAGUGCACACUGGGGAAAAACCUCACAAGUGUGAAAUUUGUUUGAAACAAUUUACUACAAGAAGUGAUUUGAAAAUACAUUUGAGAGUGCACACUGGGGAAAAACCUUACAAGUGUGAGAUUUGUUUUAAGCAAUUUAGUGUAGCAGGUGAUUUGAAAAAACAUUUUAGACUGCACACUGGGGAAAAACCUUACAAGUGUGAUAUUUGUUUUAAGCAAUUUAGUCAAGCAGAUACUUUGAAAAAACAUUUGAGAGGGCACACUGGGGAAAAACCUUACAAGUGUGAGAUUUGUUUUAAGCAGUUUAGUCUAGCAGAUCAUUUGAAAAUACAUUUGAGAGUGCACACUGGGGAAAAACCUUACAAGUGUGAAACUUGUUUAAAACAGUUUCGUACUGCAAAUGAUUUGACAAGACAUUUGAGAGUGCAUACUGGGGAAAAACCUUACAAGUGUGAGAUUUGUUUUAAGCAAUUUAGUGAAGCAGGUACUUUGAAAAAACAUUUGAGAGUGCACACUGGGGAAAAACCUUACAAGUGUGAGAUUUGUUUUAAGCAAUUUAGUGAAGCAGGUCAUUUGAAAAAACAUUUGAGACUGCACACUGGGGAAAAAGCUUACAAGUGUGAUAUUUGUUUUAAGCAAUUUAGUCAAGCAGGUACUUUGAAAAAACAUUUGAGAGUGCACACUGGGGAAAAACCUUACAAGUGUGAGAUUUGUUGUAAGCAAUUUAGUGAAACAGGUCAUUUGAAAGUACAUUUGAGAGUGCACACUGGGGAAAAACCUCACAAGUGUGAAAUUUGUUUGAAACAAUUUACUACAAGAAGUGAUUUGAAAAUACAUUUGAGAGUGCACACUGGGGAAAAACCUUACAAGUGUGAGAUUUGUUUUAAGCAAUUUAGUGUAGCAGGUGAUUUGAAAAAACAUUUGAGACUGCACACUGGGGAAAAACCUUACAAGUGUGAUAUUUGUUUUAAGCAAUUUAGUCAAGCAGAUACUUUGAAAAAACAUUUGAGAGGGCACACUGGGGAAAAACCUUACAAGUGUGAGAUUUGUUUUAAGCAGUUUAGUCUAGCAGAUCAUUUGAAAAUACAUUUGAGAGUGCACACUGGGGAAAAACCUUACAAGUGUGAAACUUGUUUAAAACAGUUUCGUACUGCAAGUGAUUUGACAAAACAUUUGAGAGUGCAUACUGGGGAAAAACCUUACAAGUGUGAGAUUUGUUUUAAGCAAUUUGAUACUCCAGGUAAUUUAAAAACACAUUUGAGAGUGCACACUGGAGAAAAACCUUACAAGUGUAAGAUUUGUUUUAAGCAAUUUAGUAUAGCAUGUAAUUUGAAAAAACAUUUGAGAGUGCACACUGAGGAAAACACUUAAAAUUUGUGAGAUUUGUUUUAAGCAAUUUGGUACUCCAGGUAAAAGCCGUAUCACACUGCGGAAAAACCUUAUCAGUUUGAGAUUUGUUUUGAUUGAUUUGCUCAAAAAGUUCAAUUAACUUCUCACAUGACAGUUCACAAUGGAGAGAAACCUCACAAGUGUGAAAUUUGUUUAAAACAGUUUGGUACUGCAGGUGAUUUGAAAGUACAUUUAAGAGUGCACAGUGUACACGGAGAAAAACAUUACAAGUGUGAGAUUUUUUUUAAGCAAUUUAGUCUAGCAAGUACUUUGAAAAACAUUGUGAUGUCACUUUAAUGCCAAGAACGAGACCAAGACCAUCUCAACCUGAUUGCAACAACCAACACCACCAAGACCGUAGCUGCAGGGACCUGAGACCACAACAUUGCGCAGUUCAAAGUCAUACCCCAUUGGUCAAAUAUGCAAUUAAGUUAAUUGAGAUAAAAUUUAUGAUAAAGACUAUGAAACCAUUUCGUUAUUUAUAGUAUGGAAUAUUUAUUAGGAAAAUGGUUUGCUAGCUUGGCUAUGCAAAUACGUGGGUUCGAGACUUGUUGCUUAUCGACUGUGCACCUGAUAGGAAGCAGAUUUCAUUGCUCACAGUUGCCUAGCUCUAAGCCAUACCUUAAUUAGUUCAGAUGCUGAAUCUUUAGGAUAUAAUGUUUAAUCAUCAUUUUAAUCAUGCACGAGGCAUUCUUAUUCAAUUUUCAGUUUAUGAUCAUUCUGAAGAGACCUAGGUUUAAACUUGUCUGUUUAUUGUAUACUUAUUAUUCUUUCGCUUUACUAUUUUGUUGUUCUGAUAAUAAUGGUAACUUCUUGAAUAUCAGUCCUAUGGAAAUACAGCUUUUGUAUGCACCAAGGGAUUAUUGUGUUUGAGCAUCAUCUUUCCGAGGAACUCAUUUUUUUUUGUUUGCAUGUAACUUGAGUCAGGAUCAAUAUCCUGUUCUCUGUGAGUAACUAGGGAACAUUCUCAUAAUCUGCAGUUUCUUUAGAAAUUGAUUUACCUUUUCUCUAGUAUUUCCUUGGAUUUAUUUAUAAGAGAUUAAUAUGUGACUUCUUGAUUUAUUUCAUGAGAGAUCAUUCCGAAAUAUUGGUUAGCUUUUCCUGACUAUUCUCAUAAAUCUGUUGUAGCUAUAGCUAUAGUUAGAGAAUCCCAGAAUGAGUUAACUUCUGUUAUGUCAACUAUUCAAUGACAGCUAAUCUGAAAAGCUCAACGUAGGUGGAGCUCGUGUAGUUGGAGGUCACCUCAACUUACGUCAACACUUUAAAUCAAUCUAUUUCUAAGUAAAUAUUGCAUAUUUGUUUCGCUGUGUGAAUUAAACUUAGAGCAUAAAAUCCCUCAAUGUUGUGCUGUGCAUUUGUGCUCAUCAAGAACAUCAGGACACAGGUUUCCCAAAGAUAUUCUGAUGAGAAAAAGUGGAUUGUAGCAAUAAGACGCGAUAAAUAUGUGCUGAAAAUAAAUGCACGUAUCUGCAAUAAAAAAUUUGUUGAAACAGAUUACGUAUUGCUCCUAGAUUCGACUGUAAAAAUAGAAUACUUCACUGUACAAUUCAGAUCAAAAUUUAUUAUAAACGCAUGGAUUAAAAUAUGCAAUUUUAUAUACAUUCACAUCACACUGUUGCCACAUCUAAAAUCGCUUUUUAUGAAGUGACAAUAUAAAAAAAAUUAUAUUUGAAAUUAUAAUACAUAUACCUAGAAAAAUAUGAAAUAAUAAUUUAAAAUAAUUCUCAAGUUCUCAAUAUUUUUAGUGACUAAAACAUAUCCUGACCAACACCCAAAUAAUUAUACUUAAUUAAAUUAACACAUUCUAUAUUUCUAUAAGGAAUUAUAAUUUUUUUUAAAUAAGGCAACAUUGCAGAAUCAACUGCGCUCAACCCAUGCUUAAACCAACUGUACCCAAAUGCGCAACUGUCAUAUUUUGGCCAUAUUUUGAAAAUAUCACAUUUUUAAAUGAGAUAGACACAAAAAUUAAUGCUGAGCGCACUUAUUUGGGAAUUUUAAAUUGAUAAAAAAGUAAGGCAGAUAUCAUAUACACACUAGACUCGUGAGUCAGUACCAAAUAAAUACCCUCUGAGCUAUAGAAAUCGAACAUUGAGACGAUGAUUAAUAUAGUUUAUCAUUCGAUAAGGACUUCCUUUUUUCCAGUAACUCUCGUAUUCCUUCUCCUCAAUUGGUUUUUCAACGCACCAACAGCCCAAGAUCCAUAUUGUUCGGCCAUAAUUUAUUAUUUGUUAAAUCGUAAUCAAAAACACCAUAUACAAACUUCACGAAUUGUCAAAACGUUGACCUCCAACUACACUAGCGCCGCUAAGCGGGAUCAAAUGCGUACAUAGCUGCCAUUAGGUACCUUUGGGUAGACUUUUCAGUGCAUCUGAUGCAAAUCUGAUGAUCAGUUGAGUGAGGUUCAUGGUACCCAAUGUAUAAUUAUUAUUAGUACAUUAAGGGCCGGUUGUUCGAACGCUAAUCAAAAAUAAUCAUUAUCAAAUAUUUAAUUACUAUCACAACUGUCAAUGUCUGUUAUGUAGAUGAAAUGUAGAAUAAAAGAAUGUGUUGAUA